AGGACGUGAGGACCGCGGGGAGCGGCCCCGCACACCACCCUCUCAACCACCCUCUCGCUCCUCCCUGGCGGCCUCCACCCAGGGCUCGGGGGCAGGACCAGGAGGUGGCAAGGGUGUGUCGUCAGCAUCGCGCGGGCCGGCACGGACGCCCUGGGCAGCGCUGCUCUGGGCAGAGGAGAUGCCCUUGGAAGUCCUAACUGGUUAGCUUGACGGUGUCAGGUGGAUCAGCUGCAUCCCACUGCCCCCUGUGCUGAGGGGAGUCACCACAAGUGGGGAAGCAUGGAGGAGAGUAAAGAGGCAACAAAUCGAGCGCAUGUCCUCUUUGACCGGUUUGUUCAGGCCACCACCUGUAAAGGAACUCUCAAGGCCUUCCAAGAGCUCUGUGACCACCUGGAGCUGAAGCCUAAGGACUACCGUUCCUUUUAUCACAAACUCAAGUCCAAGCUGAACUACUGGAAAGCCAAAGCCCUCUGGGCAAAGCUGGACAAACGGGGGAGCCAUAAAGACUACAAAAAAGGAAAAGCGUGCACUAACACCAAGUGUCUCAUCAUUGGAGCUGGCCCUUGUGGUCUUCGCACAGCCAUCGACUUAUCCUUAUUGGGAGCCAAGGUGGUGGUUAUUGAGAAACGAGAUGCCUUCUCCCGAAACAAUGUUUUACAUCUCUGGCCAUUCACCAUACAUGAUCUCAGAGGACUGGGUGCCAAGAAGUUUUAUGGCAAGUUCUGUGCUGGAGCUAUUGACCAUAUCAGUAUCCGUCAGCUCCAGCUAAUACUUUUGAAAGUAGCCCUGAUUCUAGGCAUCGAAAUCCAUGUAAAUGUGGAAUUCCAAGGACUUGUACAGCCACCUGAGGACCAAGAAAAUGAACGAAUAGGUUGGCGGGCACUGGUACACCCCAAAACCCAUCCUGUAUCAGAAUACGAAUUUGAAGUGAUCAUCGGAGGGGACGGCCGUAGAAACACCUUGGAAGGAUUCCGUCGGAAGGAAUUCCGUGGCAAAUUAGCCAUUGCCAUUACAGCAAACUUUAUUAACCGAAAUACAACAGCAGAAGCCAAAGUGGAGGAGAUCAGUGGUGUGGCUUUCAUAUUCAACCAAAAAUUUUUUCAGGAGCUGAGGGAAGCCACAGGCAUUGAUUUAGAGAACAUUGUCUACUACAAAGAUGACACACACUAUUUUGUUAUGACAGCCAAAAAGCAGAGUUUAUUGGACAAAGGGGUGAUAUUGCAUGACUAUGCUGACACAGAGCUCUUGCUUUCCCGAGAGAACGUGGACCAGGAGGCACUGCUGAACUAUGCCAGGGAGGCAGCAGACUUCUCCACCCAGCAGCAGCUGCCGUCCCUGGACUUCGCCAUCAAUCACUACGGGCAGCCAGACGUGGCCAUGUUCGACUUCACUUGUAUGUAUGCCUCUGAGAAUGCUGCCUUGGUGCGGGAGCACAAUGGACACCAGCUAUUAGUGGCUCUGGUUGGGGACAGCCUGCUAGAGCCAUUUUGGCCAAUGGGAACAGGAAUAGCCCGGGGCUUUCUCGCUGCGAUGGACUCUGCUUGGAUGGUGCGGAGCUGGUCUUUGGGAGCAAGCCCCCUGGAAGUCCUGGCAGAGAGAGAAAGUAUUUAUAGGUUGUUGCCUCAAACCACCCCUGAGAAUGUGAGUAAAAAUUUCAGCCAGUACAGCAUUGAUCCUAUCACCAGAUAUCCGAAUAUCAAUGUCAACUUUCUACGACCAAGCCAGGUACGCCAUUUGUAUGAUACUGGAGAAACAAGUAUUCAUUUGGAAAUUGAGAACCUAGUAAAUUCUCGAACCACCCCGAAGUUGACUCGCAAUGAGUCUGUAGCUCGUUCAAGCAAACUGCUGGGUUGGUGCCAGAGGCAAACAGAUGGCUAUGCAGGGGUCAACGUGACAGAUCUCACCAUGUCUUGGAAAAGUGGCCUGGCGCUAUGUGCAAUUAUCCACAGAUACCGCCCCGACCUGAUAGAUUUUGAUUCUCUAGAUGAGCAAAAUGUGGAGAUGAAUAACCAGCUUGCCUUUGACAUUGCGGAAAAGGAGCUGGGCAUUUCUCCUAUCAUGACCGGCAAAGAGAUGGCCUCGGUGGGGGAGCCUGACAAGCUGUCCAUGGUGAUGUACCUGACUCAGUUCUACGAGAUGUUCAGAGACUCUCUCCCCUCCAGUGAUGCCCUGGACUUGAAUGCUGAGGAAAAAGCAGUCCUGAUAGCCAGCACUAAGUCCCCCAUUUCCUUCCUCAGCAAACUGGGACAGACAAUCUCUCGGAAGCGUUCUCCUAAGGAUAAAAAGGAAAAGGACUUGGAUGGUGCCGGAAAGAGGAGAAAGACUAGUCAAUCAGAAGAGGAGGACACACCUCGGGCCUGCAGAGGAGGGAGGACCACUGUGGUGAGCACGCUGACCGAUAGGCGCAUGGAUGUGGCCCUUGGCAACCAGAACAAAGUAAAGUACAUGGCAACCCAGCUGCUGGCCAAAUUCGAAGAGAAUGCACCGCCACAGUCUGCUGGUGUGCGGAGACAGCCGACACAAGAGCGUGGGGUCGUCCAGCCGUCCUGCCUCUCCGAGCAGGGGCGCCCUGCCUCCACUGCUCUGUGGAAACAGGGUUCCAUAAAGAAGGAGUUCCCGCAGAAUUUGGGAGGCAGCGACACAUGCUAUUUUUGCCAAAAGAGAGUCUAUGUGAUGGAGAGACUGAGCGCAGAGGGCAAAUUCUUCCACCGGAGCUGCUUCAAAUGCGAGUACUGUGCCACCACCCUGCGCCUCUCAGCCUACGCCUAUGACAUUGAGGACGGUAAAUUCUACUGCAAACCACACUACUGCUACCGGCUCUCGGGCUCGGCACAGAGGAAGAGACCAGCGCUGGCCCCUCUCUCUGGGAAGGAGGCAAGAGGAUCCCUGCAGGACGGCCCUGCUGCUGAUGCAAAUGGACGGGCCAGCGCCCUGGCCAACCCCGCUGAGAGAACUCCAGGUUCCAGCGUGAAUGGCGUGGAAGAACCCAGCAUUGCCAAGAGGCUGCGGGGCACCCCCGAGAGGAUUGAGCUGGAGAACUACCGCCUUUCGGUGAAGCAGGCCGAGGAGCUGGAGGAGGUGCCUGAGGAGACCCUGGCCGAGCACAACCUGAGCAGCGUGCUGGACAAGGGCACAGAGGAGGAUGUUGGCAGCAGCAGCUCUGAGUCGGAGAUGGAGGAGGAGGAGGAGGAGGAGGAGGAGGAAGAGCAGGAGGAAGAGCAAGAGGAGGAUGAAGAGCUGCAGCCAUGCCUGCCUACCUCGGACCUGGGCGGUGUCCCUUGGAAGGAGGCCGUGCGAAUCCACGCUCUGCUGAGGGGAAAGAGCGAAGAGGAGCUCGAGGCCCCUAAGAGCUGUGAGCCUGGGAAUGAGGAGGAUGAGGAGGAUGAAGAAGAGGAAUAUGAAGAGGAAGAGGAGGAGUCUAGUGAAGCUGGGAGCCGGGGGCUACAGCAGAUCACAAAUGCAUCUGAUCCGCUGGAGAUUCAGGCCGACGUGCACUGGACGCAUAUUCGUGAGAAGGAGGAGGAGAGAGUGGUACCCACCUCCGAGUCCUCUACUUCUAGAGUCCCGUUUGAUGAGGAUGGCCUGGAGGAAGAUGUGGACUCAGAGCCGGCAGAGAUAGAAGGGGAGGCAGCGGAGAAUGGGGACACGGGGGACACUGGUGCUGAGCUGGAUGAUGAUCAGCACUGGUCCGAUGACAUUCCGUCAGAUGCAGAAGCAGAGCUUGGCCUGUGGCGCCAGACGGAGGCCGCGGUAGAGCUGGAACUGAGGGUCUCAGAGAAUGAGGAGGAGCAGCCACCCAGUGCCCCAAAAUGCCAAGACAAAGGUCCCUCCCGGGUCUCCAGCCCCUUCUGCUCGCCCGAGCAGGAGAAGGCUGAUCUCUCCUCAGCUUACCGCCUGCAGGCAGAGGACCUCCGGAGCCCGGGCGCCCCUGCCGCCAAGCUGCCGUCGCCUGAGAAGCGCCUUUUCCCCCAGCCUUUAUUCCCCAGAGAGUGGCCAGAGACGGGAACCCGCGUUGCGCAGCCUGGGAGCUCGCCAGUCCGAUCUCAGCCGGUGUCUCUGCCCGAAGCCCACGCCCCCACCUCCCUGGCUGUGUCCCCGCGACCCCUGCCAGCCGCCCCCGCCACCAGCCCCGCUCCCCAGAGGCCCGUCUGCUCGCAGCCGCAGCCUUCCUCCGAGACCCCCGCUCCUUCCCCCACGGCGUCCCCCAUCUGCUUCCAGCCUGCCCCCGCCCAGGCCUCCACCCCACUCAGCCCCCGCCCUGUGAAGGACCCAGGGGACGCCAGCCCUCCUGCCCUGGACGAGGACCUGAAGCGGAGUGACCUGGUGGCCGAGUUCUGGAUGAAGAGCGCGGAAAUCCGCCGCAGCCUGGGCCUCACGCCUGUGGACCGGGGCCAGGGGCCCGGCGUCCGGCCGGCCCCGCAGGCGCAGGGGCUCCAGCUGCCCAGGCCCUCGCCCGGGCCGAGGAGGCUGGGCCCCCCCAGCUCGGACAGCGAGACCCCCAAGUCUCCGUCAGACCGAGAGCCGCGACACGCGCCCGAGGAGCGGAGAGACCUGUCCAGCAGCUCGGGGCUGGGCCUGCGCGGCAGCUCCUCCAACACCAGGACCCUGGGCAGCCAGAGCUUCACCGCCUCCGACUCGGCGCUGCUCACGCCGCCGUCCAGCCCGCCCCCGCCCCCGCCGCCCGGCGAGGAGCCCGCCACCCUCCGACGGAAGCCGGGGGCCGUGCCCCGGCUCGACCCCCUGGACCCCGAGGCGCCGGUGCGCCCGGCCCCCAGCCCGGCCCCCCUCCUGCGGGGCCCCCGAGAGCCCGCCCAGCCCCCGCGGGAGGAGGCGCGCAAGUCGUUUGUGGAGAGCGUGGACGAGAUCCCCUUCGCUGACGACGUGGAGGACACGUAUGACGAGCAGACGGACUCGAGCCUGCAGGAGAAGUUCUUCACCCCGCCCUCCUGCUGGCCCCGCCCCGAGCGGCCCCCGCACGCCCCCGCAGCCGGGGAGAACGGAAGGGUGCCCCCCCUGGAAAGGGGCGCGCCGCCCAGGAGGGGGCUCCCCGCCGUCUCCGCGGAAGCCAAGGAGGUGGCUGAGGAGCGCAUGCGAGCCAGGGAGAAGUCUGUCAAGAGCCAGGUGCUGAGGGACGCCAUGGCCGAGCAGCUGAGCAGGAUGAAAGACAUGGAGGGGGCCGGGCCCGCCAGGCGCCCCGGGGACACUGCCCUCAGGGCCUCCUCCGUGCCCUCCAGAGGCAGAGAGCUUGGCCCCGAGUCCCCGAAACACCCAGCGCUCAGAGGCCCCAAGGACACCACCCUGAAGCAUGAGGACGUCCUGUCGCCCCCGUCAGACUCGGGGGGCCCAGAGGGCUCCAUCACCUCCUCCGAGGGCUCCAGUGGGAAGAGCAAGAAGAGAUCAUCCCUCUUCUCGCCCCGCAGAAGCAAGAAGGAGAAGAAGCCCAAGGCAGAGGGCCGGGCCCCCGAGAAGCCCAGCCCGAGCCUCCUGGAAGAAGCGGCGGCCAAGCCCAGGUCCCUGUGGAAGUCGGUCUUCUCGGGGUACAGGAGGGACAAGAAGAAGAAGGGAGACGACAAGUCCUGCUCCAGCACCCCUUCCAGCGGCGCCACAGUGGGCUCAGGCACGCACCGGCUCUCUCCCAUCGUGAGAGCAGAGCUGCAGCUCCGGCGCCAGUUGAGUUUCUCUGAGGACUCUGACCUGUCCAGUGAUGACAUCCUUGAGCGCACUUCCCAGAAGUCCAAGCGAGAGUCGAUUUAUGUACCACACGCCUUGGCAUUCAGGAGAUCAUAUGCAUCAAAGCCAAGAACCUACACAGAGGAGGAGCUGAACUCCAAGCUGACCCGGCGCGUACAGAAGGCAGCCCGUAGACAAGCCAAGCAAGAAGAACUUAAGCGGCUGCACCGAGCCCAGAUCAUCCAACGGCAGCUGGAGCAGGUGGAGGAGAAGCAGAGGCAGCUGGAGGAGAGGGGGGUCGCGGUGGAGAAGGCGCUGCGCGGGGAAGCAGUUGAGCCCAGUGGCGGGACUCCACGGCGUAGACCUCUCUCCUUCUGCCCUUGCUGUGUCCAGGAAGCAGGCAUGGGUAAGAAGGACGACCCCAAGCUGAUGCAGGAGUGGUUCAAGCUGGUGCAAGAGAAAAAUGCAAUGGUGCGCUACGAGUCGGAGCUGAUGAUCUUCGCCCGGGAGCUGGAGCUGGAAGACCGGCAGAGCCGACUACAGCAGGAGCUGCGGGAGCGGAUGGCAGUGGAAGAUCACUUGAAGACUGAGGAGGAGUUGUCAGAGGAGAAGAAGAUCCUAAACGAGAUGCUGGAGGUGGUGGAGCAGAGAGAUGCUCUGGUGGCCCUGCUGGAGGAGCAGCGGCUCCGGGAGAAGGAGGAGGACAAGGACCUAGAGGCCGUCAUGCUGACCAAGGGCUUCAGCCUGAACUGGUCCUGAGCUCCCGUCUCCCCGCACGGACUGGUGCUGUCGCCUCCACCUGACCGGGCUGGGUUGUCCCAGAUCCUGGGCCUGUGCCCUGAGCAGGCCCAAGCUCCUCCUGGGAGUUUGUACUCGUGUCCAUGUGCCUCUUGUGGACGUGAGCACACCACGUCACUGCCGCAGGGAAGGUGACCAUCGAGGUACGUGACCUCCCUGGAGAGACCCGUCGUGCCCUCCCGGCCCAGGAUGGGGAACAUGAGCAUUUGACUCGGAUGUGAAAGGAAAACGCUCCCUGCCCACAUGUCACCUGGCACAGAUGAGAACGCGGGGGCUGCAGGCUCUUUUGUGCUCCCUAAAGCGCCACCAAAGAAAUGAAAACAUGCCCAGAGAGCAAGAUGUGAGUCCAGCCCCGGACACUCGCCGUGGCUGACGAGGGGAAGCUGGGUGCUCUGGGGACUCCUGCAAGGAGGGAGGCCCGGAGGGGCUGUUCCCCUGCACACUGGGCCUGAGGAGGCCAGAUCACAGGCUUCUCUGCACCGGCCUGAGGCCUGUGGAUUGCUGCGUUUUGCUUUUAAUUCACGACCAUUUUGACACUGGAAAAGACUGACUUUGGGGGACAAGGUUGAGGCUCCAUAUUUCAAGCCCCAGUUGACAGGGCGCUGUCACUGUUUGGCGCUUCACAUCAGCUCAGGAGAUCAGCCUUAUCCUUGGCAUUUUUCCUAUGUUUGCACAUUGAGAUGAAGCUGACCACCUGGUGAGAUGUUCAGCCACUUCGUACCCUUAUUGUCAACUUAACUUAUUUUUUUAAUACUUGAACAGAGCAACUUCAUUUUUCUAUCUUUACUAGAGACACUGAUCACCCAGCACCUGGUGUAGAAGCAGCAGAGGGUCUGUUGACCCGGCCCGCACACCCACAGACACUUGUUACGUCACCUAUUUAUUAGCUUUCUUCAUAGUGUUACUGACCCUGCUGGCAUCGGAGCAGCCGAGAGCCCGUGUGGGCCUUUCGCAUGCUCUCUGUCCCCUCCUGUGCUCUUGUCCCACUCUCCACCCACUGUCCACUCUGCCACCAAACUUGCCUGCACCACCCAUUUGUCCAGGAUGAGUUGCCACUGUGGGGGAGGCUGCUGGCCCCUCCUGUUGGCGUCCGGCUCUGUGGGACCAUUUGAUUUUUCCCCUUCAGUUUGAGUGCCAGGGUUUCACCUCCCAUGACCCAUGACAUUUAUUAAAGGAACUGUGACGGGCUGGCUGGGAUGAAGGGCAGUGGGGCCUUGUUAUCUGUAUGGCCGCUGAGGUCUCCCUCGAGCCAGCCUUGGGUCCCCCCCGAGUAAGAAGACCACGCUGCGGCGGGCGUGGGAUCUGGGCUAGUCUCCAGGAUGAGCCUCCAGCCCUGCUCUCCGAAGUGAUGAAACCUCUCUGUCCCCAGAUCUUCGUGGGAAGACGGGGUGAUAAGCACCAUGUCACUAGCUCCUUGAGCCAAACUUUGUUUCUCAUGACGUAGCCAAAGCCUGGCUGUCUAGAGUCAGAGCCACUGUCCGAGAAAAUCCAGAGUGAGAAAGGGCCAGGCUGAUCCACUCAGAAUGCGUGGUCAGCCUGCGGGAAUGUCCCACAGUGCCUGGCCAAGCUUGGUGCUCCCUGCAGCCCGCUCUGGGGAGGGGGCAGUGGAGAGAGCAGGCCCGGGACUUCUCAAGGAAAAGACGGGUUGGCUUUGGAACUUCCUAGGGAACCACAUUGUGCCUCGAGAUGAACAUUCAUUCCAACCACAGCGGAGGGAAGAAUCUGUCUUACUCUUCUCUGUCCAAAGCUGCCGAUGUCUCCGCGGAACCCAGACGUGCUGCCCGCCACCAUCUCGGGGCUCUGACCUCUCUCUGCUGGGGCAGAGUCUCCAUUUUUUAUUCUCUUCAAGAGGGGGUGAGGAGGGAAUUCUCGAUUCCAUCUCUUCACCCCAACCUUCCAAUAAAAUUGGAUCAGGACGAGAUCUUUUCCUCCUGGGUAGCCCUUCCCUUCCCCCUGUCCCCUCUCCGCUGUUGCUGACAUCGGCCACACCCUGGAGAGCUGUCUCUGUCUCUUGCGAAUCCCGGAAGAGGGAGGCCACAGUGCUCUGCUGUAGAUGUGACCGACUGUCCCGGCUGCGACCUUCUGACACACUGUGUCCUCCCACGCACACACUGCAGCCUGCAGCUACUGAUGGGGAGCGGGUGGGGGGGCUGAAGGAAGACAGUAGAGAAGCUCCAAAUAUUCACAAACCUGCAAGAUGUCCCACACCUUUCCUCCCAGCUGCACGGACUUCAGACCCAGGGGAGCACUUCCUUUCCCAACUCCCACUUUAUAACCACUCAUUUGCAGUUUAUCGAGCACCCUGUUGGCGUGCUUCUUGAAGCGCUCUCCAACUCUAGAAUGCAUGCAGCUCCAGGCAGACUUUCUCCACAAGAGUUAAGGUCCCUCGAAUCGAGGGAUCCAGAGAGAGCUCUGAAAUGCCUGAGUUUGCGUGGGUGCAGUUGCGUGGCUGGCACCACAGGGAGUGAGGGUCAUUGUCACCAGGCGCAGUCUGAGUUGGGGUGGCCACAGUGCUAGGUGGGGUUCCAGUCCUGCUCAAAUGAUGUUUUGGGCCCUUUGCCCCCAGGAAUCAUUUUCAGCUAGUUUAAUCAGCAGUGAUAGACUACUCUUUGUCCUUCCCAAACAAGACAGUUUUUCAGUGGGGCAGGAAGAAGAAAGUUUUAAAGAGAAAUUUUUUUAAAGGUGGUAACAACUGACCUUCAAAGGGGAAUGGAUCAUUUUAUGCGCAAUAAAAAAUUUUUAAAAGAAA